AUGUUAAAAUACAUUGAAUACGGCCUCAGUCGACUAUUCGCGAACGCAAAAGGUCGCGAUGCGGGCCUCUUCACAAAGGGCACCGCCUUUUCAAAAUUCCCUGAGCCCACAAUCAGCCUCGAAUGUCCUGAAGUUGGUCCCUCAGGCUCAAACCUACACAAGGACCACUCAGCAGACGGCGCAGGAAAAUUCCCAACAUUAAGUUGGCCCGCGGCGGACUCCCAAGUCAAGCAAUAUCUGCUUGUCAGUGAGGAUCCAGACGCGCCUUUGCCCAGCCCCAUCAUUCAUGGCAUUUACUAUGGCAUUCCAGCCACCGCUACGGAGGUGAGUGGGGACGACUUUGCCGAGGGGGCGGAACCGAUGACGCUUAAGGGGGGAUUCAAGUAUGGAAAAAAUCGACGAGGGAAUAUCUACAUUCCUUGUAAACCUUUGUUGGGACAUGGGCCGCAUCGAUACUUCUUUACUCUUGUCGCUCUUCGUGAGCCUAUUGAUACCACUAAGCUUAGUGAAGUGGCUACUAUUGAAGAGGUUGCGAGCGCCAUUGGGGACAAGGUUGCUGGAUGGGGAGAAUGGAUCGGUGUGUAUGAGCGGAAAUUGGAAUAG